AUAAAAUAGGGGAACCGGAAGUGUACAAUAUUUGCCUGCCCGCCCCUUUUAUAGCAUGUAAGCUAAUGCUUGUUUGUUUUUGUUUCGUAAUUUCAUCCUUAAAAACGUCAAAACGGACAUCAAAACAAAAUGGAGUCAAAGCUGACAGGAGCCUCAGUGGAUUUGUCACGGAGCUUAGAGGAAGACUCUUUGGUGGAUGGACCCCUGAUCUCCGCUGACGCCCUCCAUUCUGCCAUCAGGAGACAGUUUCAGACUGUACCAACACCCUGCCACGCCGGCCUGCUGUCACUGCUGCAUGUUGCAUAUGUGGUGUUGUCAAUAUGUGUGGGAGUGCUGUGUGUGCUGAAAUAUGGCCAAGAGCAGGUCUGUAUGAGUAUUCUGGGCAAUGUACAAGGCGACAGUGUCAUUUUGUUUGGCAAGGUGGGUUUAUGGGUGCUGGUGCUGCUGUUCACCGGGUGUGCGCAGCACCACCACAGCCGGGCCAGAGGCAGAGGAUACCUACGAUUCUACAGACAGAUGCAGGGGCUGAAGCUCCUGCCGCUCACCAUACACUCUGCAGGGAACGUUCUGCUGCUGGUUGUUCUGGCUGCACGAUUACCAGCAAAUGUGCACAUCUACUUGCUGCUCAGCGUCCUUGGGUUGGAGCUCUUGGUGGCGUUGCCAUGUCUGCUGUAUUACACAGUCAAAGUGAUGCAGUUCAACAGGGAGCGAGCUGCACCAGACGUGAACCAAGAAGAACAUUCACACAACUUUAGUAUCACAAGCCUUCCGACUGAGACCGGCUUCAGAGAGGGCUCCAGUCUGGAGGAGGUGGUGGAGAAGCAGGCCGACCUGAUAGAGUACCUGAAACAGCGCAACAUCUUGUUGAGCAAGAGGCUGCUCAACCUGACCGCUCAGCACUGACCGCAGCCUGGCCUCCUCCUCCUCUUCCUCCCCCCUCCCUGUGAACCAGCCACCACACACCCAACCCGGGAGCCAGAGCCCAAACAUUUUAACUCCCUGCUCUCUUAACGCAAAGGAGAGGGGGAUCAGUGAAAGAGAGGACAGAAGUGAGAAGAAACACUGGAUAAAAAGACUAAAAGUAAGGAAAUCCCUUUCCACACAAGCACCUGUGCGCACAGACUUAAAAUGGGAGGGAUCCAAAUCUCACCUGAGAUGGACAGAUAACGCAGGAGGAGGCGAGCUCUGAGUGGAGGACAGUAAAAGAAGCAAAGUGGGAGGUGGAGGAGUGGAGUCAUGGGUCACAGAUCAGAAGUGAGGGGGUUUUUUAUCACUGUCAUAUGACCCCCAGUGACCCACGUGUGCUGCCGCUUGUGUUACUGUGAGAGAGACAGAAGAGUUUUAGAGAUCAUCUGCACUAAGGAGGAACUGAAGAGUCAAACAGCAGAAAUAGGUUGAGGAGUGCUAUAAAAUGUCUGUAAGUGCUAUUUUAUGUCUGAAUGUGUGUGUAAAUGCUCUGUUUGGUAGCAGUUUUUCUAUUUCUUCGGUUGCUGUGUUUUCCUAGUUGUGACCCGAUUCCAAUAAAUCUUUAAUGUUCUCAAGUCUA